AUGACACAAUUACCCUUUUCCAGGACUGAUAUCAAACAGUCCAUUCACAUAUUUCUUGAAAGAAUUUUGAACUUCAUCCCGGUUCUCAGCAAGGACGACUUUGACGCAGAAUCAUUGCUCGACAAUCAUACGAAUUUAGCCUACUGCAUUUGUUAUGUGAGCUCGUUUUUCCCUGCUGGAGGCAUCUCCACGGCAAAUGCGCUCCGAGGUCUCGUUUCGGAGUUUAUUCUUGAGAAGUGCACCAACCCGAUUAACACUUCAGCUGACAAUCUUCAAGAUUUUCGUGUUUUGAUGAUACUCUACGCUUACGCGCGACCGUCACCAGCUGGUACUGCCACCCGUCAUCCAGUUCCAACCUCAGUUCUCAAGGCAUUGGUUGAGGGACAUGUAAUCGACAUUGGCUGCCAUCGAUCCGUGGAGGGUGUGAAGAAAGACUUGAUAGCUGGUAGAAGGGACAUUAAUAAAACAAUAGAGUAUAAAAAGUACACCUAUUGGCUAUGGCUGUACACUAUGGCUCAUCACAGCCCUCCAAGUAUUCGAGGCGACGCUUCUAUCCGCAUCGCCACAAGUCUCUUAGCUGGAAUCAACAAGUCUUCUCGGACAAGCAGGCUCCUCGGAGAGGUCGAGUUGUGUUUGCUGUGGGAGAAGGCGAGUACCCUAGACUGCCGCCUAAAUGAAUGGUGGUGGGUCCCUGAAAACCUCGAAAGCCUGGACUGCUCUCCCUCUGCUGCAUUGGAAACUGCAGAGAUGGAGAUUCAAGCUUGGUGCAACAAAUGGAACGCAUUCAUAGCUCGAGGAGGCUUCGGACUUGGCCUGGAUUUCCACUUUCGUUAUGCAAGAUUCUGUAUCACUAGCUACGCGCUUCGCUUCAUCCAAGUAUCAACCGGCAAUCUUAGCGGCAGCGAAAGAGAAUCUGUCAAGCAAUGCGUGCAAUACGCUCUCGAAAUCCUAGAUUGGGCGUUGCAUCUGUCUCCCGUCAGCAAGGACACCUUGAGGUAUAUGAGUGAUUUUGGAUUUGUCAUGAUUGCGUUCGUGGCAUUGUUUGUCAUACAGGUGCACGACCGUGUUCAACCUGUUUAUGCUGAACUCAAGGACGCCUUGAAUCGGGUUGAUGCAUUGUCCAAGUUGAUGGCAGAUUUGGCAGUCAGUCCUAAUCACUGCACCGCCCAGCUUGCGCGGUCUCUGAAACAGCGCCUGUCGCAGAUGCGCCAACCUGAAUGCAGAGAAUUUCAAGGUAGAAGCAUGCAGAAUAGUACUAACGAGAGCUUCCUGAACUCCGGUCCACAGAUGCAGGAGCCCGAUGCGGAGCUGGUCAUCCACGUCACUCGAGUCGAGGGAGGUAUAGCCUCAAAUGGCUUUCUGAACGAUUCAUCCCACUGGGACCCGACAGCUUGGUUGACUGAGUUCCUCAACGACACAGCGGAUUGGAAUGUUCCAUAG